CUCAACUCUCUCUUUCAAACACUUAAAGACACACUCAUCAAGCUCCCAAAUCCACCCCCCACAAUGGCAGCUUCCACCAUGGCUCUCUCCUCCCCGUCUCUCGCCGGGCAGGCGGUGAGGUUAUCCCCCUCCACUCCCGAGCUCCUCGGCAACGGGAGAGUCUCCAUGAGGAAAUCAGUCAAGUCUGUCUCCUCCGGGAGCCCGUGGUACGGCCCGGACCGCGUCAAGUACUUGGGCCCGUUCUCCGGCGAGCCCCCUAGCUACCUCACCGGCCAAUUCCCCGGCGACUACGGCUGGGACACCGCCGGGCUCUCGGCCGACCCCGAGACCUUCGCCAAGAACCGCGAGCUUGAGGUCAUCCACGCCAGGUGGGCCAUGCUCGGCGCCCUCGGCUGCGUCUUCCCCGAGCUCCUAGCCCGCAAUGGCGUCAAGUUCGGCGAGGCCGUGUGGUUCAAGGCCGGUGCCCAAAUCUUCAGUGAGGGUGGGCUUGACUACUUGGGGAACCCUAACCUGAUCCACGCCCAGAGCAUCCUAGCCAUCUGGGCCUGCCAGGUCAUCUUGAUGGGAGCCGUCGAGGGCUACCGUAUUGCCGGCGGCCCGCUAGGUGAGGUCACCGACCCACUCUACCCCGGUGGGAGCUUCGACCCGUUGGGCCUGGCCGACGACCCCGAGGCCUUCGCUGAGCUCAAGGUGAAGGAGAUCAAGAACGGCAGGCUCGCCAUGUUCUCCAUGUUUGGGUUCUACGUGCAGGCCAUUGUGACAGGAAAGGGUCCAUUGGAGAACUUGGCUGACCAUCUUGCCGACCCAGUCAACAACAAUGCUUGGGCUUAUGCCACCAACUUCGUCCCUGGAAAGAUCAACCUCGAGCUCCCUCGUGGCAUCGAGCUAAAGCCCCCAGAUCGAGAGGGCUCAAGCUUCAUUACAGCAUUGAGCCCGAGAACCAGAUCUGGCGGCUCGAGCUCCAUGCCGCAGAGGAGGUUGAGGAUAUCUGGGAUAUUCGUGUUGAUACAAGAAUUGUACAACCCAGAAGGUGGCGGUCCCAAUUUGAUGAACAUGCAACUUCAUGCAGAUACAGGGUUAUCUGAAUUGGCCCCAACCCAACACAACCAUCACCACUCCAUCUCAACUCUCUCUUUCAAACACUUAAGACACACACAUCAAGCUCCCAAAUCCACCCCCUCAAUGGCAGCUUCCACCAUGGCUCUCUCCUCCCCGUCCCUCGCCGGGCAGGCGGUGAGGUUAUCCCCCUCCACUCCCGAGCUCCUCGGCAACGGGAGAGUCUCCAUGAGGAAAUCAGUCAAGUCCGUCUCCUCCGGGAGCCCGUGGUACGGCCCGGACCGCGUCAAGUACUUGGGCCCGUUCUCCGGCGAGCCCCCGUCCUACCUCACUGGCCAGUUCCCUGGCAACUACGGCUGGGACACUACCGGGCUCUCGGCCGAUCCCGAGACCUUUGCCAAGAACCGCGAGCUCGAGGUCAUCCACGCCAGGUGGGCCAUGCUCGGCGCCCUCGGCUGCGUCUUCCCCGAGCUCCUGGCCCGCAAUGGCGUCAAGUUCGGCGAGGCCGUGUGGUUCAAGGCCGGUGCCCAAAUCUUCAGCGAGGGUGGGCUCGACUACCUAGGGAACCCCAGCCUGAUCCACGCCCAAAGCAUCCUAGCCAUCUGGGCCUGCCAAGUCAUCUUGAUGGGAGCCGUCGAGGGCUACCGUAUUGCCGGCGGCCCGCUCGGUGAGGUCACCGACCCGCUCUACCCCGGCGGGAGCUUCGACCCGUUGGGCCUAGCCGACGACCCCGAGGCCUUCGCUGAGCCCAAGGUGAAGGAGAUCAAGAACGGCAGGCUCGCCAUGUUCUCCAUGUUUGGGUUCUACGUGCAGGCCAUUGUGACGGGAAAGGGUCCAUUGGAGAACUUGGCUGACCACCUUGCCGACCCAGUCAACAACAAUGCUUGGGCCUAUGCCACCAACUUCGUCCCUGGAAAGUGAUUGCGAGAGUCUUGAGUGGGAUUGGCAUUUCAUUCAUGUGAUGUGGAUUGGUCGGAA